AUGGGCUAUUUCAACUGGCUUCCAAAAUGGCUCGGUGCCAAAGCUGUUCAGACCAAAGCAAAAGGUGAAGCGGAAGCUGCUGCCGUCAAGGCUGAUGUCUCGCAUGUAAAGAACUCAACAUCUCAAAGUGUUGGUCAUGCUGUUGGAUCGACCAAGGAUGACACCAAAGCCAUUGGCCAAGGUGCAGAGGCGAGAGUCGGAGAUGCGGCCGGUACUGUUGGGCAAGGAGCACCAUCGACGGUCGACUCUGUCACCGACACCGCUGGAUCUGCUGCAAAUGCCACUGCAGAUACAGCUAGUAAGCAAAGACCAAAAGCUGCACAUUCUGAGAGCACCCAGAAGAUCAUGGCUGCCCUCCAUCUCGACCACAAACAUCCUCGGCCUCGUGUGGCCUAA